AUGAAAAAACUCGUAGACAACGGCCGGUUCUAUUUAGUAAGUCGCCCUCACCUCCGCCGCCGAUUCGAAGGCACUACCGCGCCGAUUGUUUGUCACAACCAAGACCUCAGGCCUCCAAAAUGCGGGGAGGAGGAGUAUUUUAAGAUAUCUAGUGGAUAUGCUACUAUACCUACAUUCUGUACUACUCAAGGUCCAAUAGUAAGAACUAUUAACGAAGCAAAGGAGUUUUUAAUGAGAUCUAGCGCUUAUAAAGAUAAUCACGAAAGACAACUUAACUCCACCUUUUUGACUUCUAAAUCGACGAAUAAAAAGCAAAAUCUACACCAUGAAUACGUAGGGUAUGGCACUGCUUCAUCCAAUAUAUCCUCAAAUUUUACAGUUGGAAGAGAGCAACAGCAUUACCGUCGUAGACUUGGUCGCAGUCCCAGUCCUAUCCCACUACGUAGUCGACCACUUGCAGAACAUUCACGUGCCACAAAUACGCCCACGCCUAAUGAGAGACUGCCUAGAAAAGACUCGUCGAAAUCGACCAUCCGUGAUGCUUUAUCUAGAAUGAAACUUGCAGGGCCGCGGUACGGUUCUCAAGGGACGGGUUCCGUCGGUGCCGCGUCUCUAGGCGCCAGAAGGGCCGCUCCCGCACCGAAGCUGGCCCCGAGCGUGCGCUCGGACGAGCGGCCCACCGCCACACAGGGCGACAUGCUCAACAGCAUCAAGCUUCAUAGAAGAUUCCGCGAAACGCUAACUAAAGACAAAGGAAACUCGACGUGUCGUUCAGGUCAAGACUGCGGCGCAAAAGAGAAAAACACGGAUGGGUCUUCUAGAACUUUACAGGCCAGGACAAGCUCUCCGAAGCCGAGGCACUGCUUUCAGACAUCGUUGCAU